CCUGUAGUUCCGCGAGCUGGUCUUGAUAUGCGCGGACCAUAACUCUGCGUGUAACUCCGCUGGAUUCUCAAUAGGCGAAGUAUCCUGUAAGGAUGAGGAUGAUCUUUAUUAAUUAACACACAGGCUAAAUCGGAGUCAAAAAACAAACGCGAGUCAAAACCGGAAAACCACUGGGAUGAGUGGUAGCAUAACCGAAAGCACAAAACGAAGUGCGCAGUCAGAGAAACAGGCGGGGUCAUACACGGAAAUCAAUAUCAGAGGCAAAGCAAGAAUCGGACGUGGAAAACAGGCAAGGAUCAUACACAAUAUCAAUCUCAAACACAGAAACGCUCAGUAGGUCACGUGAGGACGAUACUGUACUUCGCGUAAAACAAUGCGUGCGUGGGGUAUUUAAGUCCGUGGGAAAACAAUGGGCGAGUCACGUGAGUAAUUAGUAUUCCAGGGAGGGUUCGCGUUCGUUUUUGGAUGUUACAGUCCAAAGCUUGUUGAUUUACAACUGCAUUCAUUACCCUUAUAUAUAAACACACAUACACACACACACACACACAUACAGACAGACAGACACCAAUCAGCUGUGUGAAAUUCAGAGCUUCAGGCUGAGAAAGGAUGUGGAGGGAGAUAAUUGACCUCUGCUUUUUUGGGCCUCUUCAGAUUUUUUGCCGGGACUGUGUCAGCAGGCUUCAGGUUCAGGCCAAAAUAUGGCUAAAAGAAAGUACAAGGCUUUAGAGUCAGGCCAAGAUAUGGCUACAGAAACAUACAAGAUCUUUAAUGACUCUGUCCAUGGCCAUAUUGAGAUGCAUCCUUUGCUGGUUAAAAUCAUUGACACACCAGAGUUUCAACGCCUGAGGAACAUCAAGCAGCUAGGAGGAGGCUAUUUUGUCUUUCCAGGAGCUUCUCACAACCGCUUUGAGCACUCCAUUGGUGUGGCUCAUCUGGCAGGAGAACUUGUGCGGAGUCUGAAAGCUCAAGGAAACAAUAUAACUGAUAAAGAUGAACUCUGUAUUCAGAUUGCUGGAUUGUGUCAUGACCUUGGUCAUGGCCCUUUCUCUCAUGUAUUUGAGGUUUUCAUGAAGAAGGCAAAUCCAGGAUUGAAAUGGACGCAUGAAGAGGCAUCAGUCAAAAUGUUCGAAAGUCUGAUCUCCAAGAUUGAGCAUAACUUGAACAAAAGUGACAUUACAUUUAUCAAGAACCUCAUCUAUCGCAAAGGAAACUUUCAAUCAGAAGACUAUAGUGAGGAGGAAAGAGAAGACAAUCAAAGACGCAAAGAUAAUCCCUACUUAUUUCAGAUUGUGGCCAAUGAAGACACAGGUAUUGAUGUCGACAAAAUGGAUUAUUUCAGUAGAGAUUGCCUCCAUCUGGGAAUGAAAAGUAACUUCUCCCAUGAGCGGUUUGUGAUGUUUGCACGAGUUUGCACCAGUGAGGGAAAAAAGCAAAUCUGCAUGAGAGAUAAAGAAUCACUGAACAUGUAUGAACUUUUUCAUGUUCGAUACCUGCUUCAUUGCAAUGCCUACAAACACAGAGUUAAGGUGGCAAUUGAAACAAUGAUUGUUGACGCACUUUUGGCAGCAGAUACGGAUGUCAGGAAAAUCUCUGAAGAAGCAACUUCACCUGAAAAACUUCUAACACUCACAGAUGACAUUCUGGAAGAUACAAAUCUCCCACAAAAUGCAAAGGACAUCAUCAACAGAAUUAAGAAGCGUGAUCUUUACAGCUUUCUUGGGAGCAAAAUCUUCAAGCCUGGCAAUCUGAAAGGUUGUGACACUGACAAAGAGCAGGAGGAAGCUGUGAAGAGUUGGCUUAAGGACAUCUAUAGGCAAGAUCUUCCUGAAACAGACUUCAGAGUAAGGCCUGUUAAAAUGGACUAUGGAAAGAACAAUGAAGAUCCCAUAAAAUCUCUACGAUUCUAUAGUAAACAUGAUCAAGAGAAUGCAGAACCCCUGAAGGAGAAUAUGGUCUCCUCCAUUAUGCCAGAAACCUUUCAAGAAACCAAGGUCAUGCUGUUUCACAUAAAAAUGCCUACCCCAAACCUAAGCAAGGACGAGAUCGACGAGUUCUGGAAAAUAAUAGCAAAGAAUCGAAAAAAUGAGCAUGAGAUACCACACUCCAAAAAGGCCAAAGGAAAGCUGAAAUAGGUUGGUGAUGGGUGUGUGCAAAUAGGUUGGUGAUGGGUGUGUGCAAAUAGGUUGGUGAUGGGUGUGUGCAAAUAGGUUGGUGAUGGUUGUGUGCAAAUAGGUUGGUGAUGGGUGUGUGCAAAUAGGUUGGUGAUGGGUGUGUGCAAAUAGGUUGGUGAUGGGUGUGUGCAAAACCUUUGUUUUUACCCUUUGAGUCUUUGAGUAAACUAUUUCGGAAAGUGGUAGCAUCUAGUUUAAUAAUGAUAAACUAUUUAGGUUCAGGGAAAUGAAGAUCAGGCCAGAAGAUCAUAUUUGUGAAACACAUUUGUGCACAAGAACCAAGAUAGUUUGGAUUAUUCCUGUACAAACACUGCUAAUAAUGUAGCAGAGUAAACAAAAGCACAAAAGCCCUUAAUGAUACCAGUGCUAAAGAUGUUUACAAAGAAGACAAAAAUAUGAAUUACAUCUAAAUGUUCUUACACCUUUUAUGAUUUUUUAUUCAUGUAGCUCUUCAGUGCUAGACUUAUCUACAUGAGGUGAUAUUAUUUUAGUUACCAUAUUUCUGAAUAGGCAAUUAAUUUGCGAACAGUUUAUGGCUUGUUUGUAUAAGUCUCUUUAUUUACAAUUAUUCUGGUGCCACUUGGUUAUUUUAUUUAGUAGCUUAUGGUGUUAGCUCAAUCAGCAUUAUGCAAUUAUAAACUUGUGUGAAAAUUCAGAAUGCCACAACAGAGAAGUAACUAUAAGAUUUACUUAAAAAAAGAAGACAAUUCACUUUUUGAAAAUAUGUUCAUUACCAGAGAAAAAAAUUUCUAAUCUUAAGGAAACUUCCAACAAGGGAGCAAAAUUAAAGUUUAGACCACCAUGACAUUUUCAUGACACAGUGACUAUUCAUAAUGACAGUUAUGAUAUUUUACCUUAUAUGUUAUGGGGAAUGUUUGCAUUUGUUCAUUAAAACGUAUAGUCUGACCA